CGCCCGGGGUACUAGUGCUGUCUGAAAGUUGUCGGCUGCCACAGUACCUCUUCAGUUGUUGCAUUUGUUUUGUUGUUGACUAUUGAAUUUUUCCCCUGUUGAAUCAUGUCAUCUGCUGAUGUUUCCCCUUGCACCACCCCCAGUGGCACACCCCUCAGUGGUAACCAUGCACCAAAGUUUGGUACAGUCAUUCCAAAUAGGAUAUUUGUAGGGGGUAUUGCGGCUAACGUAAGUAGUGCUACAACAGAGGCAGAGUUGAAGCAGUUUUUCACAGCGUAUGGAGCUGUCAAGGAUACCAAAAUAAUUGCAGAUAGAGCAGGAGUGUCAAAAGGAUAUGGAUUUGUAACAUUUGAAAAUCAAGAAGAUGCAGAAAGGAUUAUCAAAAAAGAAGCAGACAAUCUGGUUUUCAAAGACAGAAAAUUGAACAUAGGGCCAGCUAUUCGAAAACAGGUCUUACCAAGAACAUAUGAUCCAAAUUUAACGCAGGGAACAGUUAUGUUCACUAAUGGAGUUCCAUACACUUACCAAAAUGGAAUGGCAGUUUUUCAUUCACCUGACGGAGGUUACCAAAUACCUCAGGCGCAGGGACUUCAGUGUAGACCCACUCAUGUGACUGCUGCUCAGAGAGAACAAGUAAAGGCCUUUCGUGAGGGAUGGAAUGAUCAACACCACUGCACUCAACCGGCUUACACAGCUACAGUGAUGGUCCCACAGACGCCAACUAUGUAUCACGUUGCUCCACAGUACUCUGCCUACCAGCCAGUAAGUGGAUACGAAGGGGCUAACAACACAAGGCUAUUGGCGUCCAAACCAAUGCCUCAGAUUAAAGAGACAUACACACAUUUGCAGGCUACCCCACAGUGGACAACAGCAGCUGCUGCAGCAGCAGCCAAUCAGUGGCGUUGGGCACCGCAAAGUCCUGGCCAGCCCGCACUGACAGCAAAUCCAGCAUACGUUUAUGCAACAAUGCACACGGCUCCUGAACUUAUGUAUGCGACACAACCUCCACCUCAAGCAUAUGGGACAGAACUGGCUGACGCAGCCCUCAUGGAAGGAGCCCCAGUCGAGGGUACUGGUGUGGUGCCAGUGCAGCCACCGUUGGCCAAUCACAUGCAUGUUACUGACGCUAACAGUCUCGCCUCUUCUGAGCAGACCCCUGUUACAACCGUGCUUCCUAUGCAUACUCCUGCAUCCAAUACUGCCACCACUGUCGCUAACUUGAAGAGAAAUGUAGCAAUUACUAGGCGCUCUUACAGUAGCCCUACAAUUCUUGUGAAGCAUGGCCACAAGGUACAGCGAGUGAUGCUGUCGCCUGGCUCUGUGUACGGUGGGGCCUCCGACACAGGGGAACAUUGUCAUGAGGGCAUCAUGAAGGCCCCACAUCUUAAUCCCAGCUCCAACUGAAAUAUGUAACAGAAAAAAUGACAGCUCAAUUGAAAUUAUUUGUAAAAGAAACUCAUCUUGUUGAAUAUUCUUAUGCAAAGGCAUUGUGUUAUGUGUUUCUGUGGAAAGUUAAGAAUGAUGAUUACUGUAACUUUUUAACAGAACGUUUGGUCAGUUGUACUCAUGACUGUAGCUGGAGGGAUUAAGAGAUAAUUUUGGAUCCAACACUUUUAAGAGUGCUAAUUUUGUCGUCUCGACGUGAAUAAAUAUGAUGACCUUGUACCCAGUUUAAGAUAAAUCAUGAAUAUGACACUUUUAUUUUUGUACAUUGAAUGUGAAUAUUUGAGCCAGUGCCUUUUCCAGGCUGGGCAGCCACACUUGUCUAUCAUAGGUGAAAAGCAACACUGAAUACCUCAGUACACCUGCAUUGAGAUUUGUUGUAACAAGUCUAAUGGCCAAAUCAGGAAGUCAUUUGUUUACCCUUCUAUCCGCUUCUCCUUGUAUCCUUAAAAUAAUGUUUGACAAUGUUAAUGGAAUACUGAAAUCAAUGUUUUCUACUAUUUGUUGAACAGUUGUCUCCCAGGGAAAGUACUGAUAUGUAUGUGAAUAACUGUUUUCCCAAGUGAUAUGGUACUAGGUCUACUUGAAACGGCUAUAAAAGUUUCAGAGACUUCAAAUGUUGGUGUUAACAGAAGGUAGCUGUUGGACAUAACAGGAAAUAUUACUGUGGUGAAAAGUAGCUUAACAGCAGAAUAGGAGAAAUGGCAUGUACCUCAUUUGAAAGUGGUAAAUAGUUAGGGAUGGUGGGUCAUGGGGAUGUUAUUGUUUAAUUUAUCAAGUCGGUGAAAUCAAAUGCAAGGCUGUGGUCUUAAUCAAGUAUAUUUUCUGUCAGGCAAGUAAGUUUUAAUAAUAAGACCACAGUAUUAAUGGCAAACUCUUUAAAAUAAUGUAGAAUCAUGGUAAAAGUGAAUUUUAAUAAAGUUCAACUGUUUCCACACGUGUUUACUGAAAUUUGCUCUGAGAAUUACCAGCUGGCAAAGAUUUUGUGUUUGGCAAGGGUAGACAAAUGUUCCCGUUAAGAUUUGCGCCUGCGUUGUUACAUCAUGCAAUCAUACAUUGUGCCAUCAGUGUGCUGUAGGGGUGUAACGGAACAAUGAUAGAUUUAUCAUAUGGCGACAGUAGCUGAUACAAUAUAUUAACAAGGGUUGCAUGACAUGAACAAUACUCUAAAUAUUAUCCAUUUUGUAUUGAAGACAUGCCAGACCUAAGUUUAACAUUUUGUAAGAGUAUCAAAUUUUUGGUCUUUGGUAUUGCAACCCUUGAAUUGCAAGUUGAGAGUGAGUAUUGUAUCACGCCCCCAGCCAACAUCGUUACAUCCCUCGUGUGCUGCUCCUUCCAUUCUUCCAUCAUUUGUUUGUGUUACGUUCUGUCACUGUUUUGUUUCAUGUCCCACAUUGUCCUGUGCAGUAGUUCUCGACACACUGUUUUGUAAACUUGCUUUUAUAGCUUUCAUAUUUGCAUGUUGUGCAAAUUCAUAGCAUAUGCAUUUAUUUUGUGUUUGGUGAACAUACCACAUUUUGACUGUUUCAACAUCUAACAUUUGAGUAUUGUGUUUUUACCGGUCGGUUGUGCUUCAAAGUAUUUUGGCUAUAUAUCAUGGCCGAUAAUCAGCUUAUGUAUACACCGGAUACAAAACCGUCAGCUAAAUUAUUUGACAAUAUCUACAGAAAUAGAUGAUAUAUAAUAUAUAUUUUGGAAGUUACUUAUUAUCAUAUUGAGGGUUUAUCUGUCAUUUUCCUCAUCUCUAUGUUUAUCAUGAUACCACAUCUUGAAUACUUGUAUUAUUUAUUUCAUUUUGUUAUGUUUUCAUGCCUGCUUCAACAGGGUUCUGUUGUUUGGAAUGUUGUAUAGUAUCCUUUAUACAGUGGUGCAGCCAUACUCAAGAGACAACAGAAAACUUCACAGGAUAGAAGGAUUUUCAGUUAAGUCAAGUCACUUCUCAGGUUGGUAGAAUAUUGAAAAUAGUCACCAUGAAAAUCAGAAUCAUUUAUGGACCUAGAUAACAUUUGAGCCUAAAACAGCAUACAUUUUGAACAAUAAAUACUCCAGUCUACACCUAAAACAAUAUUCUUGCAACAUAAUGAAUACAUUGUGUUUGUAAGUUGUUUUGGAAAAUUAAGUACUGUGGGUAAAUUAUUAUUGUCACGUGUCAUUUUCUUGAUCUUACAUAUUAUUACUGAUAUUGUUCAUCGAAAAUGAUGUUAGAAUCCUAGUUAUCCAAAAUCAGAGCUACUGACAUACCACAUACUUGGAGAUAUACAUAUAUAUCUAUAUAUCUAUAAAAUUAACAAAAGAUAAGAAGUCAAGUCCAUAGACAGACAAUCCCUCUUUCCCUGGCUGCACCACUGCAAGGAAAUCCAUCAGUCCAAGUGUCUAGUCUUUCCGUGUCAGUUGUUUGUGCUCUGAGGGCACCUGGUUGUGAUAAGCACAAGGCUGAGAGAGGAACACUGCUUACUGGGUACCAGGUGCUAAAAUCCAAACCAUAAACAUGCAGUCAAUUUGUAAUUAUUGAUAUUUAUCUCAUACUUGUAUGCAUUGUAGCAUAAGCAGACAAGUGACUUUUGGAAAUAUUGUUGUCAUCAACAACAAAAAGAUAAUGGUAGGAACAAUAUCAAAUAUCUCCAACAGUGUUUUUUGGUAAUCAUUUUCCUGAGAGCCAGUUUCCAUGCCUUGGUGUUAAAAAAAUGUUAUGGUCUCAUCUAUGUGGAAUUAUUUAAGUUAUCUCCUUGCCUUCAGAAUCGGUACUUUCUUCCAUGGUAACGUAGUUAUGUGCCCAAUUAGUAAAUAUGGAACUCGUUUUGGUUUUCACCAACAAUCCUGACUACAUGAAAUGAAAGUAAUUUUCUAGGACUGACCCAACAUGUAAAAGAACUAACACUUAAUGAACCUACUGGGUAUUAUUAAUUUGAAAGCAAGGAGUUAACAAGAACAAAUGUUAUCUUUUACUUUAUAUUUUAUGUAUUACAAUGUGGACUGAUAUUAACCAUAGUCAUUUCAGGAUUUGUGUUAACAGCUGUGAUUUCAGGACAGAUACAUGAUUAUUACUGUAGAUAGUUCAAUGCCAAGACAUGGCUUUGUUGAAUUUGAUAUGUGACUUUUGUUUGUCAAUAAUUUGAUGUAUUCAGCUUUAGUGGAAGUGUUUGAGGUCUGAUUGCAGAGCCAGUCCAAAGAGAGAAACUUUGACAAAAAUAUAUUCACAGCACACUUCAGAUCUUGCACCUUAACUUUUUCCAUUUACUGUUUUCACACUGUUUGAUUCAAAGCUAAAUCAGUGAUGAACUAAAAAUCAGAACCACAAAGAGAUAUGGGCAUGUUGGUGAUUAAAACAUUUUGGGAGACUUGUAUUGUUAAUUGUAGUUUUAGAAUUGCAUUACAUCACACAAAGUUUGGAAACAUGAUGCCAUAUGGUUACAAGGUUGUGAUUGAUCCUGGCAAUGUUUCAGAGAUUUGAUAAAAUGUUGUAAAUGAUCUGUUGAAAGUUGUGAAAACAAGAUAUAUUAGCAUAUUUGCACAUAGCAAAGCUACUGGUAUUCUUGUUUACAGUACACCUUGUCAAAGAUGAAUCUUGUAUCAAGAAUGUAUGUCUUCUCUAUUUAGAAAACUAAGCAGAUGUGUGCCUUGUACAGCAAAUUUGCGAAAGCAAUAAUAUUGUAGUUAUGUCUGGUAGUUUUAGAGUAAAAACCAUGACCUCAUCAGUAGGGCUGGCUCACGAUCCCAAAGUGUGAAAUUCAGGUCCAUGUGAACAUAUUUAUAUGUUGGUCUCAUUUGGUUAUCUUUUGACUGCCAGACAUGUUUAUUAAUUAUUAGACUAUUUAUGUGACAUCAUCUGUAAGUUGAUUCAGAAUUCAUUAUUUGAAAAGAGAAUUGUGACUAACUGACACACUGCUUGAAUGCUAUCUCUGCUGGCCCCAAACUAAAAGAUCCAUAGUUACGUGAACCCAGUAUGUCAACUUCCUAUUUUCCAAAUGCAAAGGUUGACAUGCUCAUGAUUUACUGAUGCAUUAUUUCUGUUCUAACUCAACCCUGAAAACAUUGUAUACACUGAAGCAAUAAUUGCUUGUUCUUGGUUUGUAGAUAAGCCGGCAGAAUCUGAUUGUGAAGCUUAGUCUUGUCUUUGUAUGGAAAUAGUUUGUAAUGUCCAAAACAUUUGCCUGUUUGAGGUGGGUUUUCAGUAGUUUUGUCUCAUUUCUAGUCACUAUAGUAUUUGAUUAGUCAAUUGCUCUUUGUGUCUGCAGGGUUUCUUUGUUCCAACUUGAAUGUACACUAGUUGUUAAACCAGUGUAUUCAAUGCUAUACAUUAUUAUGAUAUGUUGAAAUUUACUUUAAUUCAGAUGGGUAUGCUAUCUAUAUUUAUAUCUUUUUUUAUAGAGAAUUUUAUUAUCAAAACAUAUUCAUUUUUUGAUGCAGACGUUUUUUGUUACCAAAUGUGAUCUAUUUUUUAAUUGUCAGUUCUGAUAAGUAUAUUGAUGUAUGUUUUGAUUAUGAUGUGGAUACAUGUUGAUGAUGACAUAACACCUUUUGUAUUGAUUGAAAUUUCAGGAUCUCUAAGCAUUGAUUAUCUAUCUACAUUGCUUUGUCCUGGGAUUGGACAAUUCAAACCAUAAGCACAAUUUAUCUAAUGUGUAAUGAUGUAAUCAGAAUAAGAAUAUUAUAUUUAAUUGGAAGAUAUGGUUAUGUUUGUUUAUCAGGGUUUUGAAAAUAAUUAUAAAUAAUUACAGUUGACAUUUCAGAUUUAGGAUUUUUAUGUGGCCCUGAAUGUGAAAUUUAAAUGUUAGCCUUUGCAGCACUAUGAAUAUAUACAUUCAUUGAUCCUAAAAUACAAUUUCAUUACAUGUUUUGAGGGAAAUUAUAAGAAAUUUGAGACAUAGGACUAAGACCUUAAUAGAAAUGAUUAAUUUUGUUGUAUCCAAAGCUGCGUUUUGCAGUUGUUCCUGACAAGGAAAGAUAUUUUGGCAACCAUGUUUGUAUUGUGACAGAUACUCCCUGUGAUCAUCUAGUCACCACUGUGUAUGCUAAAAGUGAUUGUUGCAUCUGUACAUCAGAAAUUGGUUGUGACUGUAAGAGUGUCUGUAAUUUGUGUACUCAUUUGAUGAAUGUGACAAUCUUCAAAGAAUAAAUGUGUUCAUGAAUAUA